AUGAGCCAAGAUCCCGUGGUGACUCUGGUCGUCCCGGCCUCCGCGCCGUUCCAGGAAUUGAACCCGGACCCGGAGAGCGGCCCCAAUGCCUCCGGCCUCCCGGCGGCGACUAGAGUCACGCCAACAGCGCAAGUCAAGGAUAGAGUUGUCCGGGACCCCUCAGAUCAGACUGGGCGGCCGCUGCAACCCAAGGCGGAGCUGAAGACCGAGAAUAGCUCCAUGGCCGAAACCGCCGCUCCAGACUCGGAGGAUCAGGCCAAAGCCGCAGUCGUCGUACCGUCCGUCCAACAUGUGCCCGAGGAGCAUGCAACCAAGCAAAAACAGGUUGCAUUCAAAGGUGCAGCGGCAGGUGAAGAUAAGGAGGCCGAGCCGUCAAAGCCCAAGAUGGAACAGGACGAGUCAUCGCCAAACAAAGACAAGACGCCAAAGAGAAAACCGACAAUCCCCAAGGCUAGGAAGGUCAACUUUGAAGGCUUCAAGAACCGUUUUUCGGAAGGGGAGGAUAUAUAUGCUCUUGAUGUGCUCGUUGCUGGCGACGACCUCGCCGACGAGAUUCAUCGUGAGAUGCAGACGCGACAAAACUUUGGCUAUCAAAACUUUAGCUAUCACAACUUUGGCUAUCAAAACUUGAGCUAUCAAAACUUUGGCUAUCAAAAUCUUGUACAUUCAGAGGAAAAGAACAACUCGAGGCGCAAACAGACCAAGAAGUCCUCCAGCGUGUUCGAUCAGGCAAACCGCGCCGCCAUCCCAAAGGCCGUCAUCCAGCCCAAAGAGGGUGGCUGGGUCCGGCGAGUGCGGAUUCAAUCACAGCCGAUUCUCCAUCAUCUCUCCAAGGCUGUGGGCGAGCCGUGGGACACAGACACGCCUCGCACAUUCGAUCGGCCAUUUAGUGUUUUCAUCUACUUCCAGGACAAGAUGAGGGACGUCUUGGCCGAGCUGGAAUCGAGAUGGGCGGAAGAGGAGCGCCGCCAGGCCCUGGGCGGCGAAAGAAAGCCGGAUGCCCAAGUCGACGAAAGCAAGGCUGUUGAGGACAGAGAAGCCAACACUUUGGAUAACGAGGAGUCCAUGGACGCGAGGGCGGCAAGUAUCGAAGCACUGAGGGACGUUCGAUGCUAUGUCAAGUUCGUCGACGACGAGAUUGCACCUCUCGCCAGGCAGUUCGAAGGCACAGCACACAAGAAGAUCCGCUUCGACGAUCUUUGGUUCUUGUUCAAAGUGGGAGAUCUAGUUUGUACCCCUGGUGGCAUGGUGCCCGCCAUAUCUGGUUCAAAGAGCUCUCUCAUGUACCAGCCUCUCUGGAGAAUCUACAGCCUUAGCCACCCCUUGGAUCCCUUCCUGGACCCUGCCGUCGAACCCAGGUUGGACCCUCGGCGGUCCACUCUGGACCAAAGGUUCGUGGUAGAUAACCGUCCCCAAAGAAGAAGACGACCGCAGCCUUUUAUGAGCGAUUAUGAUGAUGACGAUGGGGAUGAAACCGAGGGCCGCGAGGGGCAAUUCGGAGUCUGGGCGUACUACAUCGAUCAUAAUGGCGCCUCUUAUGGUUCCGUGAAGCAUUGCAUGACGAUUUCGCGCUACCAAGGCGAAGAGACGAUAACUAGCUUGCCCUGCUAUCCCCUCCGUUAUUUGGACGAUUGGGAGAGUCACUUGGAGGAGCUCAAGGAGAGGGGUAGGAAGUUCGAGUCCUGCAUGAAGAACAACCACUGGUCCUACAACGGCUGGACCCUCAUUUCUCGACCAGAUGGUGCGCCCAUGCCAGCCAAUCCUGCCAGCGUCUCGCAACAUCUACAGUCAGAGUACAUUGACAGUCACGUUGUCGUCGACUUCGCCGAGGCUUUCCAUCAGGUUCCCGGCUGGAAGCCCGCGUUCCACCAGCCAAUGGCAUUCCAGGCCUUUUGGCAAGCCAAGGCAGACGAAGUCCAGACUGUAACAUGGUCUGACCAAGAGAGGUCGAAGCUGGUAUCAACAGCCGGGGAUAUCUGUCAACGUAUAGACGGAGUCCCGAAUUUGCAGCGCAACGAUGGCCUCAAAAGGGAUAAAUUUCUCCAAGCCAGCAAAAAGCUGCCCCUGAACAGCGGAGGCCACACACCCAUCCUGCUCCAAGAUGAGGACUACGCUCUCCUUUCCCGACGCAUGUUUGUCUACGUGCUCAAGGACCGCAAGUUUGUCUCAGUCGACAUUCAGUACUUGAACGAGAUCCCAACCCAGGACAACGUGUUCAAGAACCUCAUGAUUGAGAAGGAAUACAAGCAGAUGGUCAAGGGCCUUGUAGCCUCCCACCUCGCAAAGAAGGAGCUUGAGAGGAAUCACCCCGGCGCCGCCAGGGCCAUCCAGAGCCAGGACAUCAUCUACGGCAAGGGACGUGGCCUCGUCAUCUUGCUCCACGGCGUGCCGGGCGUCGGCAAGACGGCAACGGCCGAGGCCGUCGCCCUGGAGUAUCAGAAACCGCUCUUUUCCAUCACCUGCGGCGACCUGGGACUGACUCCAAGGGAGGUGGAGAAGUCGCUGACGGAGAUUUUCAGGCUGGCGCACUUGUGGCACUGCGUUCUUCUAUUCGAUGAAGCCGACGUAUUCUUGGCGCAGCGAUCGAGGUUUGACCUCGGCAGAAACGCGCUGGUAUCCGUUUUCCUCCGCAUUCUCGAGUACUACAACGGCAUUCUCUUCCUGACGACCAACCGCGUCGGGUCGCUUGACGAGGCCUUCAAGUCGCGUAUCCACAUGAGCCUCUACUACCCGCCGCUGAACAAGACGCAAGUCGAGCUCAUCUUCAAGGUGAACCUGGACAGGCUGUCCGAGAUCGAGAAGGAGCGGCAGGAGCUCACGGGCGAGCCGCAGCUCGACAUCCGCGCGUCGUCCAUUGUCGAGUUCGCGACGCAGCAUUGCGCCAAAACCGAGCGGCAGGGCGGUCGGUGGAACGGUCGCCAGAUCCGCAACGCCUUCCAGAUCGCAUCGUCGCUGGCGCGAUACCACGCGCUCGAGGAGUACGAGCUCGAGCUGGCCGAGGGCAAAGAUGGCGGGCAGAAACAACCGGUGCUCGACGAGGCUCAGUUUAGAAAAGUGGAGCGCGCGACCGAGGCCUUCAAGGACUACCUCGAGAGGACCAAGGGAUACAACGACAGCGACCUCGCACACAUCCUCGGCGACCGCGACGACUUUUACCGCCAAGAGAGACUGUUUGGUACUGCGGCCAGUGCGGGCGCUGCUGCCGCGACGGGCUACCCAGGCCCUCCGGUGCCGUGUCCAAAUGUCAACGUCGAGUUCCCCCAGCCCAUGACAUACGGCUACGGCGACGGGACCAACGUCUACCAGACCCCAGCGCAUCCGCGCGCCGGGCUCAGUCCUGGUCCCUUUCAGACGCCGCCCAUGAGCGUGGCUCAGGGCCGCCCGGGCUUGGACCCAUUCACGACUGAUGCGUCAAUGUCUCAGCAGAGCUACGGACACGACAUGAAUUCCGGCCAGGGCUAUGGUAGGGCUGGCCGUCCGUCUGCAUAUGACUAUGGGGGCCAUAUGCCGCCGCCUCCACACCAAGAUACAACUCCAGGUGAGAGCCGCUACGUCUGA